UCAGAUCUCUGUGCUUGGCUAUUAAACUUUUUCUUCCAUAAGGUAAAUCCCCUAUUUUGCAUGAUUCAUCAGCCUGUAUUUAUGGACCAAUACCAUAAGUAUGUUAAUGAUCUGAUAAUUGCAGCAGACACAAAAGCUGCAAAGCUAUUUAAUGCUAUCCUCUAUUUGAUAUUUGCAAUAGCCAUUAGAUUUUCAGAAAAUCAUCCACAAAGACCAAAUAGGAUUUCUGUGGAACUCAAACCUGGAAUGGAGGAAGAUCUGUUUCAUUCAGCAUAUGAAACCGUGUCGAAAUUAAGUUUUGAGUGGCAGUCCCUUGAAUUAAUUCAAUCAUGGGUUUUGAUAACAUUCUAUUUAAGAGCAGCGCACCGUCAAACUUCAUCAUAUACUUCACUGGGAUCUGCUAUUAGAAUGUGUAAAGGAAUGUUGCUCAACAUUGAGAUCAACAACAAUGCCAACAGAGACCAAGCGUAUGAAGAAAUCAAAGCUAAAAGGAUGUUUUGGUUGGUUUAUACUUGGGACAGAUUGUACUCUUGGCAAAGCGGAAGACAGUGUGAAAUCCAAGACGAAUCAAUCAAUAGAGAAUUCCCCCCAUUAGAUGGAACCUCAUGUAGCGAUGGAUGGUUGCAAAAGCCGGCACUUUCAAUGAUUUACUUAGGGAGAUAUUCAGGCAGACUACAGCAACAUGCUUUUGGAAACAAGAAUGUCGAUGAAACCUUUUUGAAAAAUAUUGCAGCUGAGCUCUCGCAAGUUAAAAGCUGGUGUGACUCAAAUAUGUCCUGCGAUGAAUUUGAUCGGCUGCUGUUGGAUCAAGUAUACUUAACUUAUCAUGACAUAUAUUUGUCACUUUACAAUAAGCAACUCCUAGGAUUAAUUGACUGCCAUUCCUGCGUCGAGUGGUGCUACUCCGAUGCUUUUCUUCUUAAAGAUCAGAGCCAACAGACGCUUGAUAUCUUUGAAAACAUGAGGAGCAGGGCAGAACUGGAAGUCCCAUGGUGGAUGAAUUUGUCUCUUAUGUUCAAUAUCUCCCUAAUAAGUGUCAUUUUAAUAUACUCAGGUAUUGAAACCGAGGAAUUUGCGGACACUUUCAGGAGAGCAAUCAGCUUGCUCAAUGCGGUCAAAGGAAAAGCAUCAAUGUCUACAGAAUGUGUGUGGGCGAUCAAAACUCUGAACCACAUGUGUUUUUUGAGAAUGCAAAAAACAGCCAAUUCUUUGGCCCAAAUUGGAAUUGAUCACGGCCCAAGUACUGUGAACCAACAUCGGUUCUUAGAGUUUGAUCAUGUUGGGCGAGGACCUAGUGAUCAAAUCAUUGCCAGCUCCCCAACUGGUAGCUUGUCGGGAAUUAAAUCAUCCAGCAUGCUAGACAACGAAAUUGAUGCUAAUGAAUGUCUAAACUGGUUUGAUCCUUGGCUGGAGGAAGUAUUCUGAAUCCUCAAAAAUGAACAUCUUGUUGUUAGCUGGAACUUCUGGCCUUCAUUGAAUUAUCUUUUACCUUGAAAACUCUAGGUUGCAUAGUCUGCAUAUGGAAGUCGACGAGCGCUACCAGAUUUUAUGUAGAGAAAUUAUAAUUAAU